CCUCCCCCCCCCCUGUGUCCCCUGCCUGCUCGCCCUCUUCCUCCGCCCUCCCCGCCUCUUCUCCCCUCCCUCUCCUGCUCCUGCCCGGACCACCACCGCCACCACCACCACCACCCCUGCCCUCACCAUGGCCAGCCCGGUGCCGACUCCGCCCAGCCCCGCCGCCCCCUCGCCGGCGGUGGUGUCCUUCUUGAAGCCGCGAACCAAGCGCGCGCUGGACAUGUUCAUCGGGUCGCCGGACGACCUGUUUGAGGACUCCUCGUCGCAGAGGCUCCGGAUGACAUCCAAAAUCCUGGACGAGUAUGAGGUGGUUCGCCGACUGCCGGAGUCCAUCAAGCGCCCGACGCGGAGGGACCGCUCGGAGGCCAAGAAGAACGCGGCGGAGGCCGGCACGGCCGAGGCAUCUGGCCUGGCUGCGGCCAUCGACGCCUCGGUGGCCGGGGCCACGGGCCGCGCCGAGCAGUCGGGCCGCCCGUCGGGCAGCCAGUCGCUGGUGCUGCGCAGCGGCGGCCCCGGGUCCGGCGGAGACCGGCAGCUGGCGGCCCUCGGUCCUGGAGCCCGGGCCCCGGCGCCGCCCUCGGAGUCCGGGUCGCUCGUCCUGCAGACUCACACGCACUCGGUCCCGCGCCCGACCUGGCACGCCCCCUGGAAGCUCAUGCGUGUCAUCUCCGGCCAUAGCGGCUGGGUCCGGUCCAUCUCGGUGGACCCGACCAACCAGUGGUUCGCCACCGGGUCGCGCGAUCAGACCAUCAAGAUUUGGGACCUUGCCUCCGGCACCCUGAAGACCACCUUCACGGCCCACUCGAUGGGCGUGCGGGCCGUGGCCGCCAGCCAGCGGCAUCCGUAUCUCUUCUCGGCCGGCGAGGACAAGCAGGUCCUCUGCUGGGACUUGGAGAUCAACAAGGUCAUUCGCAAGUACCACGGGCACCUGAAUGGCGUGUACUGCAUGGCGGUGCAUCCGUCGCUCGAUGUCCUCAUCACCGGCAGCCGUGACGCCUCGGUCCGCGUGUGGGACAUCCGUGCCAAGCAGUGUGUCCACACGCUGACUGGACACAUGGAGACCGUGGCUUCGGUGGCCGCGCAGUCGGUCAACCCGCAAAUUGUCUCCGGCAGCAUGGACAGCACUGUCCGCCUGUGGGACCUGGCCGCCGGCAAGUGCCUCAAGACCCUGACCAACCACAAGAAGAGCGUGCGCUCGGUGCUGCUGCACCCGAGCGAGUACACCUUCGCAUCCGGCUCCUCGGACCACAUCAAGCAGUGGCAGUUCCCGAAUGGCACUUUCCUGCAGAACCUCCCCCUGACGGACCACCCGAUCGUCAACACCAUGUCCAUCAACCAGGACAACGUCCUGUUCGCUGGCGCCGACAAUGGCAUGAUGCACUUUUACGACUGGAAGUCCGGCUACAACUUCCAGACCGCGCGGACGGUCCCGCAGCCCGGCUCGCUGGCCAGCGAGUGUGGCAUUCUGUCGUCCACCUUCGACCACACCGGGACGCGCCUGAUCACCUGCGAGGUGGACAAGUCCAUCAAGGUGUGGUGCGAGGAUGCCGAGGCCACGCCCGAGUCUCACCCGAUUGCUUUCAAGGCGAUGCUCAAGCGCAAGCGCUACUAAAGGGCGGUGUCCCGGCGCUCGGGUGUUCCCAUUUGCGCACGCCCAGCGGGCGGGGCCACUUUGCUUGCGCUCGCGUCUGCGCCUUCCCCGCUUCCCUGUCCUUGUCCUCUCCACUAAAAUGCCACUGCUUCCCUGCCGCU